UGACGUUAUAUCGUCUCUGCUCAACACCCCCUCCUCCUCUGUCUCUGCCUGUCUCCGCACUGCUGGCCCCUAUCCGUUGUGUGUCACAGGCAGCAUCACAGCAGCAGACAUUUGGCGAGGAAAAACACGGACUGCGGUCACAUACUGCGCGCUUAUGCUUCGCGCGGACGUAUCGGGGGGGAACAGGAUUGUAUAUUAAUUUUCGCGGCGUUGUGCACUGUCUCCGAAGAGCAUUUCUUCCUUUGACACCCCCUCCCAUCUGCUUGUGUGGAUGGUUGACUGCGGAUUUGAUGGUGCUGAGCAGGCUCGUCUGAUUGAAGGCUUGCGACCAGGGGGGGCAUCUGUGGGGCCGCAGGGAGAGAAACCUCUGUCCACGGCUGCGUCUGUCCUCUGCCCUGUGAUUGUGAAUGGACUGCGCUCCCCUCCGUGAUUUUCUGCAGUCGCUCUGAGUCAUUUGUGGAAGAAGAUGGCGGACAGGGCUGAGAUGUUUUCCCUAUCCACUUUCCAUUCCUUGUCUCCUCCUGGCUGCAGGCCAGCCCACGACAUCAGCCUGGAGGAGUUUGAUGAUGAAGAUCUCUCUGAAAUCACGGAUGACUGCGGGAUUGGACUCAACUAUGACUCUGAUCCUUAUGAGAAGGACUCCCUCAUUCUGGAGAAGAGUGACAUGCACCACCCAGUCUGCUCCUUCCAGGAUGACUUCCAAGAGUUUGAGAUGAUUGACGAUGAAGAUGAUGAUGAGGAGGAGGAAGAGGAAGAAGAUGAAGAGAUUGACCCUGAUGCACCCCCGUCCCCCUCUGCCUCCCCCCCUCUCUCUCCUACUCUUGGCACUCUGAAGAGCAGACCCACCACAUUGAACCUCACCACUGCUGUGUCACAGGAUUCACUGAACAACAACAGCAGUCUCUCCCCAAAGAAAGGAAGCUGGCAGGACUCUUUACGCAAGACCUCACAGGGUCGUCUGUCUCCAACCCACUCAUGUCUGGAGGAUGGUAGCCAUGUGACAGGCCAGUGCCCAGCCUCUCCAGUUUCCCAGGCACCAGGGUCUCAGAGCAAAGGUACUCCACCAAAACAGGCAGGGGAGGGCGGGAACCCCCAAUCCCCUCACAGGCCCCUCCUCUGCGACAUCGAGGGCAACAGGCGGGAGAGGCCCGAAUACGGCUCAUUUGGUCAACACAAGUCCCACCCUUUCUCUGGUGAUGUCACUGAGUCAAAAGUAGACCCUUCAGUCCAGACAGCCAGAGUACCUUCUGUAGACGAGCACUCCCAGUGUUCGGACACCGAGGUGGACCACGACCUCAACAGCGACCACAACCACAAACACUCAAACCGGCGUGCCACCGACACUUACACGAUCACCAGUGAGUCCGGUGUGGAGCCGGAGAACGAGCUAGACCCAGAUGGAACCAGUCGCUGCUUGUCAUCCACUGCACCCAUGGGAGCCAACGACGGUGCUGAUACACCCUUCUCUGAUGAGGAGCUGGAGAAGGACUUUGAGGUGGAGUUCAUGUGUAAGGAGACUUACGAUAUGGUGUGUAAGGAGAAUCAGUCGACUUACGUGGAAUUCCCCUCCAUUGAACCCGCCUCCUUCUCCAGCUUUAUGGCCAACAGCCGCUCAGAUGUUCUUGACCGGUCCAACAGUUCCGAUGCAGCAGUUUCUGCCAUGGAGGCAGCCGCUAACGACUCCACCUCUCCAUCCUCAGACCCAGGGAUAGCAGACAUGAACCAGCAGGGUUACAUGACUUCGGACCAGGACAAGGACCUCAGCUCUCCAGGCUCUGACUCUGACGUUGAAGGGGAGCUGGAGGCAGCGUUUGCCUGUGGAGGUCCCGUGGUCUCCAACAUGAUCUCCUCUAUCUCAGAGACAGAGCUUGACCUGACAAGUGAUGACAGCAGCAGUGGACGCUCGUCUCACCUCACCAACUCAAUUGAGGAGGCCAGCUCGCCUACAUCAGACCAGGAACUGGACCCGGACACAGAGUUAGAGCAGGACAGUGGCAUCGUGGGACUGAAAGUGUCUUUACUUCUGGGCCAACCUGACCCAAUCAAAGAAGGGUCUCCUCUUCCCUCUCCUUCCCCUCUACCCUCACCCACUAUUGCUACGCCAUCCCCUGUUGACUCACCCAUCUUACCCCCUGAGUCUUACGAUGAUGAUCGAGCUCUGAUGGGGCUGCAGAAUGUGGACGAUGAGCUGUCCUUCGAACACCAGGCUGACCCAGAUGAAACUUUGCCUCCAGCCCAACAAUGUGAAGACAGCAUGUCCAGACAGAUGGUGCUGCAGAUAGAACCAGACCACAGUCUAGAGAGCUUCAAACGCUCCUUCUACCUGCCAGUGGGACCCAGGCUAAUGCCCAAUGCAGAUGAAUAUGAUGGAACCAGUGAGGGAGACUCUGAAUCAGAAAGCGAAGACGACCUGAGCGAGAACUCAGACUCACCAUGGCUGCUCAGCAACCUGGUCAACAGGAUGAUCUCAGAGGGCUCGUACCCAAUCAGUUGUCCUGAGGACUGCUUCAAGAGGAAGGUGUCUGUGUCAGACACCAUCUCACCAUCCUCAGACAUUGGAGAUGGAGAUGGUUUCAAUGAUGAGGACCAAGAGAAGAAAGCAGAGAUGGAGGGAUCAGAGGAAGAAGAGAAUGAAGGAGAGAGGAUGAAGAGUGUGGAGUCUUCAAAAGAAGGAGCAGUGAUGAAUACCUGUCUGUAUAUGAACAACUGUACUGGUGACACCAUAAACCCUGUGAUCUUGGAGCGCUGUGCAAACAACGGGAGGGGGACCACAGAUUUCAACUCCUUGGAUACCACUAAAGACUCUGAGAAGAACUUCACAGACAAACCAUCCAAGAAUGCCAGGAGACAGGAGGAAGAUGAAGAACCCAACAAUGACUUGAUGAUGCUAGAGGGAAGGAAGGAUCUGGACUCACCAAGCCUCAGUGAGAGUGUGGUCAGCGACAAGGACGGAGGACGAGAGACCGAGCCCAGGCCAACGAGUCGUUCCUCAGCCUCUCUUGAGCGUAUCACCGAGGUUAAACAAAGCCUGACACUGGACAUACCCACUGCCCAGACAAACCGCUGCUUCAGCCUCACCUACUCCACAGACAAUGAAGAAGAGGAGGAGGACGGAGACUCUUACCCAUUCCUGGGUGGCUUGAGGAAGCAGUCCUACAGGGGAAGUGACUUAGAGCUUGACAGUUCACCACCCCUUGAUUCCAGUGUGCAAGACCAUCUCAUAUCUGACCAUGACCUACCACUGUGUGAAAAAGAUCUGGCUCUGAGACAGCCGAAUGAAGAUGAUGGACUGGCGUAUGACUCCAUGAAGUACACGCUGGUGGUGGAUGAGAAUACUACACUGGAACUAGUCAGUCUCAGAAGGUGCACCUCCGUCCUGAGUGAUGACAGUGAGCUCUCCACGCUAUGUGACGAGGAGCCUUUGGGGACGAGAGGGGUGGACUAUGGUCACGAUGAUGAGGAGGUGAGGCCAGAACUUCUCAGUUCUUCUGAGGACUCAUCCCCUGAGGCUGACCUCCCAUUCUCUAAGAAGUUCCUCAAUGUGUUCGUCAACAGCACCUCCCGCUCCUCCAGCACAGAGUCCUUUGGACUUUUCUCCUGUACCAUCAAUGGAGAGGAGAGGGACCAGACACACAGGGCAGUCUACAGAUUCAUCCCCAGACAUACAGAUGAGCUGGAGCUGGAUGUGGAUGAUCCUUUGUAUGUGGAGGAAGAAGAGGAUGACUACUGGUACCGAGGCUAUAACAUGCGAACAGGGGAGAGGGGCAUCUUUCCUGCUUUCUAUGCCCAUGAGGUCAUAGGCCAGUCUAAGGAGCUGUUGGGCAUGAAAAGAAAUCCAGCAUGGAUUGAGACUUUCAGCGUUCAGUUUUUGGGAUCUGUUGAGGUACCUUAUCACCAAGGCAAUGGCAUUCUCUGCGCCGCCAUGCAGAAGAUUGCGAUAUCAAGGAAACGGACGGUACAUGUGCGACCUCCUUCUCUGUGUGAGCUGGAGAUUAGCUUGCAAGGAGUGAAACUGAUCAUGAGUCUGGAGGAUGAAUAUGACACCCUUGAUGAGUAUGACAGAUGUAGUCACUUCUUCCAGAUGAAGAACAUCUCCUUCUGUGGAUGCCAUCCGAGGAACAACUGCUACUUUGGCUUUAUCACUAAGCACCCCAUGUUGAACAGAUUUGCUUGCCACGUGUUUGUAUCCCAGGAGUCCAUGCGGCCUGUAGCAGAGUGUGUUGGACGAGCCUUCCAGGAGUACUACCAGGAACAUCUGGAGUACGCCUGCCCCACUGAGGACAUCUACCUGGAGUAAGAAGUGUUGCCAUGACGACCACCUUCUUUCUCCACAGCUUGUGUAUGUUCAUUAGGUUUGCCACCAGAGGGCGCUGUCAGUGGGGUCUUCUCUCCAUUGUAAAAUACUCCUUUGUGUCCCUCUAAAACUGGGAUCUUCAUUUCUACAGUAUGCUAGGCAUUUGAAUGAUUUCAUUCAUCCCUCUCUCUGUUUAUUUCCAUCAUCUCGAUGGAUUGAUUGCCUGUUUCUUUUAACUUUUUCUAUGAUACAAAACUAAGACGCUGAGCACCUGUUUAUUUAAGGGUUCCUCUUUUGAAAUGAAAACAAUAUACCUACUACUGCUGUUUCACUUUUCAAUGCAUGGCUAGUAGGGUUACUGCACACAGACACACCAAGAAAUACACAUAUCCAAGUGAAUGGCAAGCAGCUACAAUCAGUACAGAAAUGGUGUAGAACCAAGAGGUCGGCGUUUAAUUAACUGUAAAUAUGUAUUUGUUCAAAAUAUUAUAACUGCUAAUUUGAUUUCUACUGAUAGUGACAUUGGAGCAAAGUAGAGAGAGUGCAGUGAACUGUCCUUGGUCCGAGCUUACCCCUGUGUCGCGUACAAGACGUAGUGUGUGUUGUAAAUAUAUGUAUAGAACGUAGACAUGCAGGCGCCUCAUCCAGACUAAUUAAGAAACACUCACAGCUGUGACUGAUGGAGGGGAUGUUGUUUUAUUGUGGGUAUUAAUGACUCACUCUGACAGAAGUAACUGCAGGUGUAAGAGAUUUUAGAGUAAUGACUUGUGAUGAACUUUGAAUGUUAAUAGCCCCACAGAUAUUUCAUUCAGCUUGGAUUAGGUGCAGUAAGUGUCAGCACAUUUGGAUGAUACGACAGAACCAUUUUACUCUUCGCCCAGUCCUCAAAGUUGCACUGCUUGCUGACCUUCGCCGUGGGGAGCUUUCACAUGAAAUCAUUCAACUGUUAAAAUUGCAAAUCACUGAUCACUGUAUGCUUUGCAAUGAUUGAUGUGACUUCCAGGUCAAAGAAAGCAAAAGCCCUCUGAAAAGCCAUAUUCUCAUACCUCCGACUGUAUAAAUCUGGUUGUCAGGGACAUCCUAGUCUCCGUUUUCUUUUGACUUGGCAGUUUUAAUGAGGGAAAAGGAAUGACUAGACUGACUGGUAGCCGCGUGUCGGUAAUGCUGUAUUGCAGUGUGCCUACUGUACAGUGGAAGCGUCCUGCUAAAACUUGGUCCUGGUAUCACAAUGUAAUCAAACCUUUAAUAAAGCAUUAAAAGGGAGGUUUUAUAGUUAUGUAAAUGGUUAGACUUUGAUCUUGUUUUUUAAGUAUGAUGGAUAAAAGGGAUGGCCAUGUGUUCCUAUAUUUAUUUAUUGCUCUUAAUCUGGUUGAAAGGUUGAAACAUCAUUCCUACAUUACACAACAACGUACUCUGGGGUUGUUGUAGCAUACCAUAGUUACAGUCUAGCACCUUAUAUAGGGGAGAGGGUAGAUUUGAUAAAUGAUGCACUCAGUACAGUCAUCUGAAGUUUCAGGUUUUACACCCCUGACCAUCCCCAUUGUUCUUUCAGACACCGUUUGGCAUCUUGUUCCGCUGCUUUCAGUCACAGUUCACAAGAACAAACACCUCCGUUCACUGUUGAUGGUAGGAGGGAGGCAGAGCGUUAUCUACAUACGUAUCGCUGUCAGUUAGAUCAUGUAUAUACAAUAGCGAAUCUAAGAUAGUGCUGUGUCCUUUAUGUUGAGUAUGUUAUCAAAUGAAUAUGUACAUUAAUUAAAAAGAAAAAAAAAAAGAUCACAACCAGACAAAAACCCCUGAAAAAAAAGAUAAACACAUACAUUUCUGUGAUCUGCAAUAAUUUAAUUUCAGUGUCUUGUGUUUCUUCACAAGAUGUUAACUCAGUAUCUGUCACACAGGUGGCAUUUGAGUUCCUGCCAACUCCAUAACUCUGGACAGACAGGCUUCAGCAGCACCUUUAGAGCACAUUUGUGAAAUGUGACAUCAUUAGUGUGUGACACAUACACCCACCAGACUACUGACCAAUCUGCUGUUAGAGCUGAAUAGUGACUGAGUCCGCUGCCACUGGAAAACUAUUAUUGCGUCUUGCCGAUUAUAGUUAUCGCCUUUGAGCUCCAACAGUGUGACCCAUCUCUCUCUGAUCUGUAUCUAUUUGCUUCGGAUUAUGUUUUUCUAUCUUGUCACAGCCUAAAACCCUUCUUUUCACACAGCUAUACAAAAACAACCUCUGAGGAUGAUCUAGUCCUAUAUAUCCGCUAAGACAUACAUUAACAGUUAAACCAAACUUUUGACUUUAUUACAUCAACAAGAUUCUUCACUGUAUACCUAGAGCAAAACAGUAUGUGACAGAACAAACAUAUCCUAUCUUGUAUCUUUAAAAACAAAGGACUUGUAAAAUGAAUUAAAAUUCCAGGGAAAAACAAAGGAAAAAAAAAUUGACAAAAAAAUCAAUCUGACUUGUCAUGGGUUUGGUCUUAUGAAUAAAAUAUAUGCUUGAUGUCCGAAA